UCGCCUCGCGAUGCACCUACGUAAUUUAAUUCGUGCGCCCAUCAGUUCUCUUCCAAUCUCUCGUUCCUCUGAUAUAAACGCAAAAAUAAGAAGCGUUCAUUGUUGCACUUUAAUCCUUAUUUUUGUGCGCGAAACUUGUUAACGAUGUUUCGCGCACGAACGUCUCGCGUUCUUGGAAAUCUUGAAAGAUGACGCCGACCGAAGCUGCAUCACGUUUGUAAUUUUGCAUCAUGUAUUGCAUUACAUAUUAUUGGCACGUUUCCGAUAUGAAAAUAUAUAAACCCGUGCAUCCCUCUUCGCGACGAGUUCUUUACAGGUCGCUCUUUAAAGUUAUCGUUUUACGAGAGCUGAGAAGACGCGAUUCAUUAAAUCGGUGUUCUGGAAGACGCAUCGUUGAAAGAUGAGCCGCACAAUGGUUUCAACUGCGAAGAUUCUACUUUUACCGCUCGGAAUCGUACUGUUAAUUGCAGUGAUAUAUUUUUCAUCGAACAAUUCUGAAUACGCUGAUGAUACAGAAAACAACGUUGUGGAACCGCAGAUAAUCCAGCAUCGAAUGAUUAGGCGAGCUACUAUACAUUACUGCAAGUGCAAUCAGUACUACGAUCAGGAAGAAGGACGUUGCCUGGGCGUUCCAGGAGGCGGUAAGGUACUUCACGUUGAAAACAGACGAUCGUGCGGCAUUAACGUUUUGAAGCCGCAUUGCCGUAGCUCCCUGUAUUAUCACAUCUGCAAGCGUGACAAGUCGAUCCUGGCGCAAUGCGCGAACAGGCAGAUCUUCGACAAUCGUCUACAGCGGUGCGUUUACUACGACUCAAGCAAAUUAAUUCCCAACAUCAUUUUACCGGUCAACUACAUGCAUUACGAUCAUGUUAACGUGCCGAGUUGCACGAGAUCUGGCCGAUUUCCCGUGCCCGGUCAGUGCUCCAUGUUUUACACGUGCGACACGAAUGGACAUCGGUUCUAUCAAAGCGUCUUCCGAUGUCCACAAAACACGGGAUACGAAAUCAACAGAGGAGUCUGCAACAUCGUGUCAGGCUGUGUGAACGAUAACUCGGUGAAUACCACGGUUUGUGUUCCCAAUGCGCCGGGCGAGAAUGUGGAAUCUCCUAGACUGGGUGAUGCCGCAGAAGGAAACGUAAAAGAAAUCCCCGAAAUACUCGACGAAAAUAGAGCCAGCACGAAUGAUCCUGUUGUAGAAAGUGAGGAAACUGAAAACUCGAAGACUUACGAUGACGCUAUUGCUACUACCCCUGUAAAUAUAAUAGGCACACUUUCAGAAAAUAAUUAUAACGAUAAUGACAGCUCGUUGAAGCCAGUCGAAGAAGAUCUAGUUCCUAAUGGUAUUGAUGAAAAGAUAAUACAUAGCCAAGCUCCGAACCCGCCUGAAAUCGUGCAAAAAGCAUUUGAUGAAGAACAAAACGAAGACGGAUUGUCAUCACUAUUAGGUUCACAGAUUACGUCGCCAUCGACGUCAGAAUUCGAUGACGCGCCGCAUUCCAUCACGACUCCUGUUACCUCGAUCAACCCAGAGUAUCGUACAAAUACUGCAACUGUCGAUAGUGAGACAACCGACACUGCGUCGUUCCCUUCGGAUAGCUACCUAUUGUCAAAAUUAGGUGAAGAAACACAGGAUGUAACCACGGAACGGUAUGAAAAUAUCGAAGACAGCGCAGCGACGCUAUCGAGUUUCAAUACCGAAGCGACUGAUACGUAUCCAGCAAUAAGUAAUGUACCAGAAAUAACAGAUAUUCCUUCAAUUAGUGAUGUACCAUCCAAAAUAAAUGAAGAAAUGCAAGAUGCAAUUAUGGAUAAAAACAAUCCAGACAGCACAGUGAUGCCAUCGAAUUUCAAUGUAGAUUCAACAGAUUUAUACCCAGCAUCAGUAAGUAAUGUGCCAGAUUCUUCUCCAAUCAGCAAUGUGCCACCGAGUUUAGAUGAAAAAUUGCAAGAUGCAGCAAUGGAACAGUAUGAAAAUGAAGAUAGUGUAUUGACACCAUCGAAUUUCAAUGUAGAUUCAACAGAUUUAUACCCGGAAUCAACAGUAAGUAAUGUACCAGAUUCUUCUCCAAUCAGCAAUGUGUCACCGAGUUUAGAUGAAAAAUUGCAAGAUGCGGCAAUGGAACAGUAUGAAAAUGAAGAUAGUGUAUUGACACCAUCGAAUUUCAAUGUAGAUUCAACAGAUUUAUACCCGGAAUCAACAGUAAGUAAUGUACCAGAUUCUUCUCCAAUCAGCAAUGUGUCACCGAGUUUAGAUGAAAAAUUGCAAGAUACAGCAACGGAUCAAAAUAAAAAUUAUGAAGACAGCGUAUUGACAAAAAAUUCCAAUACAGAUUUGAUUGAUUCGUAUCCAACACCAACAAUAAGUAAUGUGCCAGAUUCUUCUCCAAUCAGCAAUGUGUCACCAAGUUUAGAUGAAAAAUUGCAAGAUGCGGCAAUGGAACAGUACGAAAAUGAAGAUAGUGUAUUGACACCAUCGAAUUUCAAUGUAGAUUCAACAGAUUUAUACCCGGAAUCAACAGUAAGUAAUGUACCAGAUUCUUCUCCAAUCAGCAAUGUGUCACCGAGUUUAGAUGAAAAAUUGCAAGAUACAGCAACGGAUCAAAAUAAAAAUUAUGAAGACAGCGUAUUGACAAAAAAUUCCAAUACAGAUUUGAUUGAUUCGUAUCCAACACCAACAAUAAGUAAUGUGCCAGAUUCUUCUCCAAUCAGCAAUGUGUCACCGAGUUUAGAUGAAAAAUUGCAAGAUGCGGCAAUGGAACAGUACGAAAAUGAAGAUAGUGUAUUGACACCAUCGAAUUUCAAUGUAGAUUCAACAGAUUUAUACCCGGAAUCAACAGUAAGUAAUGUACCAGAUUCUUCUCCAAUCAGCAAUGUGUCACCGAGUUUAGAUGAAAAAUUGCAAGAUACAGCAACGGAUCAAAAUAAAAAUUAUGAAGACAGCGUAUUGACAAAAAAUUCCAAUACAGAUUUGAUUGAUUCGUAUCCAACACCAACAAUAAGUAAUGUGCCAGAUUCUUCUCUAAUCAGUAAUCUGUCACCGAGUUUAGAUGAAAAAUUACAAGAGUCGUCUGAACAGUAUAAAAAUGGUGAAGAUAGCGUACUGACACCAUCGAAUUUCAAUACAAAUGCAGAUGAUUUAUACCCGGCACCAACAGCAGGUAAUGUAUCAGAAUCUUUUCCAAUCAGUGAUGUGUCACCGAAUAUAGAUGAAAAGUUACAAGAUGACAUUACAGAACAGUAUAGAAAUAACGAAGAUAGCGCAGUGACACCAUCGAAUUUCAAUACAGAUUCGAUUAAUUUGUAUCCGACAUCGACAGUAACUGAUGUACCAGAAUCGUUUCCGGUCAGUGAUGUGUCACAGAUUAUAGAUGAAAAAAUGCAAAAUACAGCCACAGAACAGUCUGGAAAUAACGAAGAUAGCGUAUCGAAUUUCAACACAGAUUCGAUUGAUCUCUAUCCUACAUCGAGUAGUAUAUCAGAAUCCUCUCCAAUUAGUGACACGUUAUCGAAAUUAGAUGAAGAAACUCAAAACAUAGCUCCAGAAAUGAACAGAAAAGAAGACAGAGCAGUAACAUUAUCAAAUUUGAGUGCUGAAGUAGUUGAUCCGAAUCUAACAUCAGCGUUAAAUGAUGCACCAGCAACCAUAGAUAGUCCAAACAAUGACGAUUUUGACGUAUUAUCCUCUACACCCGCAAUUUUGCCGCCAGAAGCAGCUGUUGAUCAGCCUACCACGGAAGAAUUAUCCGAAGCUGUUCCUACGAUUGACAAUAAAUUUGCAGACGUUAGUAUGUCUACGCCGGAUCAAGUCGAAAGUGUUUCUACGCCGUAUUUACCCGAGAAUACCGAUGAUUUAACACCGAUGACAGAUCCAAGAUCGACUUUGAUUUCGGAAGAUAUAACUGCACCAAUGGAUGUUACUGCAGCUACAAUACCUUCCAUACAAGACUCACCUAUUUCAGACACAGAUUUGGUAACGCAAAAUGGUAAGGAUAGCACGGAAGCAUCUCCUGUUUCUCUCACUGAAUAAGAUUCUCUAAUAAUGUAAAGAAAUGUAUACUUUAAAUUCAUAAAUUAUAACUUAUAAAUUAUACUUUUGUUAGAUUAUAUAAAUAUAUUGUUGAAAGGUAUAUAUACAUUUAUAUAUAAUACGAAUAUUAUAUAUAGAUAAAAUAAUAAUUUAUUGUAUAACAAUUUAUAAUUUGAUUCCCGUUUCUGAGGUAGUUAUGAGCAAUUUACAUACUACAUAAAUCCACUUUUCUAUACGUACAUCAAAGUAUAGAGAAAAAAUUAUUUUAUAAAACGGGAAAAUACAAUAAUAAAUAUAAUACCUUCUUACCGAUUCA